AUGUCGAGUCGUUAUUCUUUGCGCCAGACGCCUCGAAAGAAGGAGCUUUUCGAUGGCAUGGUCGAAACUCCCGGUCGCCGCACCUCCAAGCGCAAUGGGCGCUUUCCCUCCGUAGACAACGCGUCGGAUGAGGGCGAUUCGAGCUCCGCUGCAGAGACAACUGCUUCGAAGCCAAAUCCUCCUCGCCGUCGCGUCACAUCAAAGUUCUCCGAGAACCUCGACGAGGAUUUUGACAACUCAGAGGCCAAGAAGGAGUUCAGCGCUAUUACUGAAAAGGUGUCGGCCGCGCUGAAUGGCAACGGCCACGUCGAGACAACCCAGAAUGGCCAUGCCAAUGGUCAUACCAACGGGCACGUCAAUGGCCAUGCCAAUGGACACGCCAAGGACCAGGAUCAAAUGGUCGACGGAUGGAAGCCCGGUAUGGACCCCAAGGUCGACCAUUCGGGACAUUUCGAGUUUGGUGGCAGCUUUGGCACCCUCGGACUCAUGACUGGCUUCCCCCUGCUCAUGUACUACAUGUGGAUUGGUGCUACCUAUUACGAUGGCAAAGCUCCCUUCCCUGCCGAGGGCCAGUCUUGGGCAGAGUUUGGCAGACAUCUCUUUGAUCUCGCGUACACAGGCGCAUACCCGCACCUGAGAGCUUGGCGCAUCUACUGGGGCUUCUACGUCUUUGAGGCCCUCUGCUACGUCUUUGCCCCUGGAUUCACUGCCUAUGGCAAGCCGCUCCCCCACGAAGGUGGCAAGCAGCUCAAGUACCACUGCUCGGCAUUCAUCAGUCUCUACGUGACCAUUGCCGUCAUGGGUGCUCUUCACAUGAGUGGCUACUUCCCCAUCUACACUUUCCUGGACGAGUUUGGCCCUCUCAUGUCGGUGGCCAUUAUCUCCGGUUUCUUGGUCAGCUUCGUGGCUUACUUCUCGGCCAUUGCUCGCGGCGCCCAGCACAGGAUGACUGGCUAUCCAAUUUACGACUUUUUCAUGGGCGCCGAGCUAAAUCCCAGGGCUUUUGGCGUGCUGGAUCUCAAGAUGUUCCAGGAAGUUCGUGUCCCGUGGUUCAUCUUGCUGGGUCUCAGCUGCGCUGCCGCUGCCCGGCAGUAUGAGAACUACGGAUAUGUCUCCGGCGAGGUCUGGUUCCUUGUCAUGGCCCACUACCUCUACGCCAAUGCUUGCGGCAAGGGUGAGCAUCUCAUCGUGACCACCUGGGACAUGUACUACGAGAAGUGUGGUUUCAUGCUCAUCUUCUGGAACAUGGCUGGUGUGCCCCUUUCUUACUGCCACUGCACCUUGUACCUUGCCAACCACCACCCGUCCGAGUAUGCCUGGAACAAGUAUGCUCUUGGGGCGCUCUUUGUCGCUUACCUAGGCAUGUACUAUAUCUGGGACACGACAAAUGCUCAGAAGAACUCGUUCAGAAUGAUGGAACGUGGCACCUUUGUCAAGCGCAAGACCUUCCCUCAGCUUCCUUGGCAGGAGGUUCACAACCCCAAGAUCAUCAAGACCAGCACCGGUGACAGCAUCUUGGCCGAUGGCUGGUACGGUUAUGCCCGCAAGAUCCACUACACCUGUGACGCCUUUUUCGCAAUCUCUUGGGGACUCAUCACUGGCUUCAAGAGCCCGUUCCCCUGGUUCUACCCAGUCUUUUUCUGCUGCAUGAUUACCCACCGUGCAAUCAGAGAUAUCCAGAGAUGCAGACAGAAGUACGGCGACGCUUGGUUGCAGUACGAGAAGCAGGUGCCAUACCUCUUCAUCCCUUACGUCAUCUAA